CCUUUGACCCAACAUGUCACCGUGUGAAGAUGUAGAACAGGUGCUUGCACGAUGUCUUUUUCUGUGAUGAUCGGCUAGAACAAUGUCGACAGCUGUGAUUUUGGGUGGGGGAGUAAGCGGACUAGCGGCGGUGUACUAUCUACAAAGACAGACAGCCGCAAAGUUUGCUAAGAUAAUUCUCCUGGAGGGGUCCGACCGCCUUGGCGGCUGGGUGAGGUCAACACGGUAUGACAAUGGAGCGGUGUUUGAGCAUGGCCCCCGCAGUCUACGACCAGUCGGAGAUUCAGGAAUCAACUCACUCUUGCUGGCGGAGGAACUGGGGCUGACCAAUCAGAUUCUUCCCUGCCUUUCUACCAGUGCUGCAGCUAAAAACAGAUUCCUGUUUAUCGACGGUCAGGUUCAUGUCCUGCCAAAUAGUUUAAAGUCCAUUAUGACGACACAAGCACCCUUCUCCAAGCCAAUGAUCCUCAGCGGUCUGAAAGAACUCCUUACAAAGAAGGGGGAUAACUCUGAUGAAACAGUUCAUGGUUUUGUAGCCAGGAGAUUUGGAUCAGAGCUUGCUGACUAUGCCGUUGACCCGAUGUGCAGGGGCAUAUUUGCAGGAGACUGCCGGAACCUGAGCAUAGACGCGUGCUUCCCGAUACUGACCAACCUGGAGCGAGAGCACGGGUCGGUCAUCAAGGGCAUGCUGAAACCCAAAAAGAGAGACAUUCCAUCCUCGUCGCUGGUGCGAGCAGCCAAGUUGGAGAAGUGGGUGUCGUGGUCACUGAAGACAGGCCUGCAGGAACUGACCGAUGCAAUGUCCACUGUGAUUGGCCAGAAUAGUGCAACAGAGGUCAGGACCUCAACACCAUGUAUGGGCAUUGAAGUGCUGCAUGAUGGGAGACUGAAGGUGAAGACAGAGGGUGAAGACAUCACAGCUGACCACAUCUUCUCAGGUGUCUAUUCAAAAGAUUUGGGCAGCUUGCUGCCACCCAGUCCCUUCCAGGACAACUUGAUGCAGAUUCCUGCUGUGUCUGUCGUCGUCAUCAACGUGGAGUACGAGGGACUACAACUACCGCACGAGGGUUUCGGACACCUCCUUCCAUCCUUCGAGAGCGGCCCAGUUCUGGGCGUGAUCUACGAUUCCUGCACCUUCCCUGAACACAACAGAGCUGACAUGGCAGACAGUACACGGUUGACGGUGAUGUUGGGUGGAGCUUGGUUUGACGAUCUGGUGAAGUUGACCAAUCUGGAUGAAUCUCACUUGAAUCAAAUUGCACUGGACACACUGAAGACACAACUUGGCAUUACGGAGAAACCAACACGUACAUACGUCACGCUACAGAAGAACUGUAUUCCCCAGUACGUGCUCGGCCACAACCAGCGGCUGUCGUCCAUGGACAGGUACCUGGCUGACACGAGGCUGCCCCUCAGUCUCAUUGGCUCAUCAUAUCGAGGUCCGAGCGUUAACGACUGUAUAUACAACACUCGGCAAACUGUGGAGAAAAUAUGCAAAUCAUGAUAUACAUGUAUACGUAUCAUACUACACAAGAUAUACGGCUCAUUUUACUUGAUGCCAUGGGUUUUCUACCAAUACUUUUGAUAUACUGAAUAUUUUUAUUUAGCAACCAUGAAGGCAUUGGGUAAAAAAAGGGUUAAAAAAAAGGGUAAAAAUUAAAUAUGCAACUGUCACUUGUGAAUGACAAAGAAUCGGUUAUUUUUAUGUGAAGGGAUUUUAAGAAAGAUGUGUCUGGUUUUGUUAGUUGUUGCCAUGACAUUUGUGUAGCUAAUUCUAGAAAAUUGAUUUCUGUUAUUGUUCAUCCUAGUAUUUGAUAUGAUUAAAGAAUUAUUUAUUUAACUAAGGUUGAAAGACCGGACUUGUUUCUUUCUUUGAGCAGAAUAAAAUUUAUCCAAGUU